AUGCCCUGCAGGCUGUUACAAGGACUCGAGGGCUUCCUGCCGCCACCACAAGCUCCGUCGCCAGCACCCACUCAGCUAGACCCGCCGGAGGUGGACGUGCAGGACCUCGGCGGCUUCUUAGACCCGGAGACACCUCCCAGAGCACUUCGUCGCCAGCCUCUUGAGUACACGCCACCGAAGAUCAAGAAGGACCAGCAGCUGCAAGACCUCAAGACGAAGAACGCAAACUUCAAACGGCAUAACAUACAAUACGCACCGACCACAGCUCCGAAGCAGUCCGUGGCCUUGAAAGAGUUGCAGGAGGAGAUCUCCUACCCUGAGAUCGUGCGCAGCACCGACAAGGCCCUGAAGUCCAUGCUCCUGGCCGAAGGCGUGCUGCGCGCGAAGACACAGCGGCCCGUGAUCAUGUGUUGGUCCUGCGGCAGCCGCAUGGAAGCCGCAGACAGCCGAAGUAGCUCACUCCGCUGCUCCGGCGGGCGUGCAUGCCCGACGCGUGCCAGGCUGAGCAAUGUGGACGAUGCCUUCACGCCCUUCGGCCCGACAGCAGCAUCUGGAUGCGACAAGGACUUCGCAGCCUUCGUGAGAACCGCAUGGUGCUACGGCAUGAAGGCAAGCGUGCGACAUAUGUAA